AUGCAGAUGGGACAAUCACAAAUGUUGUUACCCUUGACGUUGGUAUCAAUUGCACUUGCAGCACAAAUUCCGUUAGUCAAAGAGCAGUCCCAAGGCUCGCUUAUGGAUGGUCUUUUCGGUGAAUUAGUUGACUCUGAAGCCACUCUUGAUAAGACUGCGAUCACUGAAUACGGCAAAGGAGCUUCUCACUUGUUGUACGCGCUGCUGAUCAAGCUUCCUGAUAACGAUGACAUCAGCGACAUCAAUGUCGAUCAGACGUUCUUUGGAGGAAUUUUGACUUAUGCUCAUUUACCUCACUUCAGCUGUGUCAGUCAUGAUGAUGACAGGCCCAUCGAUAUCGCCAUCAUGGGAGCACCGUUUGACACCGCAGUCAGUUACCGGCCGGGAGCUCGCUUUGGUCCUGAGGCUAUCCGUCUGGGAGCCCGUCGAUUUGGGGGAGUUGGUCAUAGUUCUCCCCAAACUAAACCCGGUGAACGUCCCCAGGUACCAUACGACCCUGAAAGUCACAACUUCCUGCUUGUUGAUUGUGGUGAUGUACCAAUGUCACCCUUUGACAAUCGAGUCGCUUUGAACCAGCUUUAUAGAGCCCAAAGGGCCACCCACAAACGGAAAGGAAAUGUGUUUUCCACCCCCAAGAUCAUCACUAUGGGUGGUGAUCACACUAUUGCUCUCAUGGCAUUGAAGCUGGUCUCGGAAAAGGUAGGUCCUGUGCAUGUCAUUCAUUUUGACUCUCAUAUCGACACUUGGGACCCUCGUCAGCUUGGAGGUGGCAUCACCGACUAUAUGAAGCUUAAUCAUGGUACUUUCUUACACUACGCCCAUGAAAAGGGAUACGUUCACCCCGAUAACAAUUAUCAUGUCGGUAUUCGGGCUCCCAUGGUUGAUGAGGUUUUUGACCGCAAGCACGAUAGAGAGUGUGGAUUUAAAACAAUUGAAGCCACGGAUAUUGACCAUAUUGGCAUCAAAGGCAUUGUUAAUACCCUUAAGGAAGCCUUCGGAGAUGAGCCUGUAUAUAUUUCCGUGGACAUUGAUGUGUUGGACCCUGCUUUUGCUCCUGGGACUGGUACCAUGGAAGCCGGCGGAUUUACCUCGCGUGAAUUGCUUUCAAUUUUGAGAGGUUUGAAGGGACUCAACGUUGUCGGUGCCGAUGUUGUUGAAGUUUCGCCUCCUUUCGACACCAACGCUGAGAUUACUUCGUUGGCGGCAACUUUCGUCAUAGAUGAAUUUCUCAAGCUUAUGAUGCACAUAAAGAAGUAG